AUUAAUUCCCCAUUGUUAUCUGUGUGAAUCAAUGGACCAAUGAAAACCUGUUGAACCAUCGUGCAAUAUUGAAUUGGUGCCGCUGAAACGAUAAAUAUCACGUGUAUUACAACUUCGUUUUAUAACUGCAUGACUUGUACCCCGAUGAUUCUCGCUAUGAAUACGUUUAUGAAUACAACAUCACUUAGCAACCAUUCUAUUACGCAAAUUAUCGUUGAUAGAUUUGCGUUGUUCAACCCGAACAUUGGAUGCACUUGCCAUUACUGUAUCGAUAAGAUAAUUAAUUAUUGCAUUGUUCUCGACAUGCCGAACAAGAAAGAGCAAAAGAUGGAAAAAACGAGAGCAGAUAAGCCACCGGUGGAUCCUCAUCGAGAAUUCCUGGAUAUGGAUACGGACGAGGAAGAUUUUGGUCGACAAGAAAGUCCUGAAACAGUGGAAGAACUUUCUUCUGAACCGAUUAAACCAGUUUUUGAUGAGCAAGACUUAAAUACACUGGUGCAAUAUGUGAAAGAUCUUACGGUGCUUCCUUCUAUCAAGAAUUCCGAUUGGAGUCAGGAUUGUCACACCAUUAUUCGCGAAUAUUUUGAAAAUCCAGCUUACUCUUUAUUGAGUAUAUAUUUAAACGUGGAAGGUGCGUUGAAGGUGCAACUGAGCGUUCCCGAAGAAAGCCACAGUGGCUUCGUGUAUUUUCUGCGAACACCCUGGCACGUGUUUACCGUUGAAAAUUUUCAAGCCACGGUAGUAUUCGGUAGCAUCAAUCGCGAUGCUAUGAUGUGCAUAUUGAAAACGAUGGAAAAUAUGUACGUACCCGUUGCGUUAAACAGUGGCGAAUGGCCAGAAAUUAUCAGAAAUAAUCUGUUUCGCAAUUUGCAUAAUUUUCUGAUGUGCUUAACCGAGCGGGUUUACAAGCCAAUGGGAUUGACCAAGUUAUACAUACCAAAAGAGAAACUACCUGAAAUCGCAAUGUCCAUGGACGAAAAACCAAGUUUGUCCGAAGAAAAUAGACAGCGUGUUUCCGAGGAGCUGGAUGAAUCGGAGAAGGCAUUGAUAGAGAGACUCGAAGGGAUCGUACGAUGUUGGAUUAGACAAAUCCGUGAAGUACUGACGAGCACAUCCGCGAACGAAACUAGGCAGAUCGUGUUUGAUGAACUGCAGUAUUGGACGGCAAUAUAUUUUGACCUGUGCUGUUUGCACGAUCAGCUUUCGAAUGAAGAAAUUCAAUCGAUACUGCGUCUAUUGGAGAACGUCUGUUCCCCAAGCGUGGACUCCUUUCAUCUCUUGACUGUGCAACUUCAUGAAGGAUUGGAACAAGCGGCGUCUAUUGUGACGUAUCUAAAAGUUUUAUCGGACGCCUGUAACGAUCUGAAAUGUCCAGAUGAAAUCGAGGAACCCGUGACGAAAAUUAUGCUUCUGAUACUAUUUAUUUGGACGGAAUCAUCAUUCUACAAUAUACCAAGCAAUAUAGAAAUACUUUGUCAAGCUGUGAGUGCUCAAGUGGUACAACAAUGCAAAGAAUACGUCGAUUUACAAGCAUUACUAGAGGGUGACGCGGAAAACGGGAUAACUGUACUUCAGAAAUGCAUAUCUUGCUGCCAAACAUACAGAAUUGUAUACGAUAAAGUCACGAGCAUAACUGCAAGCAUUAAAUCGAAUGGAGACUGGAGCGUGAACGUUCGCACGGUUUUUAAUCGCGUCGACACAUUUACACGAAGGUGUUAUGAUGUCAUAGAGAUAUGUAAUGCUUUAAUAGUGUUUGGAAGGCGCAACAAAGUGGGAAUGAUCGGAAGUGCGAAAGGUACACAAUACGAAGCGUAUUGUCGUAGAAUAGAGGAUUUAUUUUACGAGAAUUUGGACGAGAUUAAACUGGUUCGUGACGACAUUCUAGACGUUGCGAAAUCUACAUGGCUAGAGAAUAUGCAGAAGUUCAGGGACUCCAUAAUGGAAUUGGAAAACAUGGUCAAGACCCUGAUUGACUGCAUAUUCGAGGAAGUUCAGAAUGUCGAAGAGGGUAUCGAAGCUAUUUAUGCUUUGCAGCGUUUCAAACAUAGAGGAUCUUUAUGUGAUACGUUAUCGAUGAAAUGGGUACAGGUUUGGAAAAUAUUUGGUGAAGAAAUCAAGCAUUGCAAUAGCAGUAUAACUUUGCACAAAGCUUAUCAUCCAUUAUUUCAGUAUCAUAUGAAAGAUGCUAAUUUAUUGUGUAUCACUCGAUAUUUAGAACGAUUGUUCCACAUGAUGAUUGAUGCGUCUGACUGGAUAGGGGAUUGUAUAGCUGAGAAGCAUAUAUUGGAGCAAUACAAACGAGUGAUUACUGUUAUUGAUAAUAAAAAAUCGCACAACAAAUCUUGAAAUAAAUUGACAAAUAAAAAGUAUUAUACUAUAAGUAAAUUAAAUAUAUGCAUAAAUAAAAAAUUUGAACAAAAUCAAUGUUGUU